CCACUGGGCGGUGCCAUAAUCUCGGAGCCUGUGGAAAGGACCGGGGUCGCUAUAGGCUCCGCCCUCAAGAACAGAUCCUGUUCCGAUUUGUUCCGGUGCCCAAGACCGGGAGAAGAUGACACACCUAUUGGCUGACGGCAUCUGACUGGCAGCAAACGGAGGGAGCCGCCCACUGGUUCUCGCGCAGUUCCUUCUGGGAGUUGUAGUCUCAGACGCUCUCGUCCCGGGGUGGCACGGUUCGGACUGCGCGUCCCAGCAUUCCCUGCGCGAACCCCGGAGCACUUCCGCCCUGUCGUGAAGUGGGUGUCUCGGUGGAGCCUUGGGGAGCAUUGCCUCUCCUAGGAGCCCCUUGAAGGACACGCCUUAGAUGCAGGACAACGUUGAACAAGGACAGCCCAGCUGAAGCGAGGUGUCCAGGACCGACUAUGGCUGUAGCCCUGGAACCCCAGGCCCAGGCCUCUCCUCGACCAGAACCUGAAGAACUCUUGAUUGUGAAACGGGAGGGGGACUCGUGGAGAUCAGAAUCCAAACUCCGAGAGGAGGACCAUCACCCUGUCCCUGGCCCUGAGGCCUCCCGCCAGCGCUUCAGGCAGUUCCAGUACAGGGAUGCAGCUGGACCCCACGAGGCCUUCAGCCAGCUCUGGGCACUCUGCUGUCACUGGCUGCGGCCAGAGAUCCGCCUCAAAGAGCAGAUCCUGGAGCUGCUGGUCCUGGAGCAGUUCCUGACUAUCUUACCCAGGGAGAUCCAGGCCUGGGUGCAAGCGCGCCACCCUGAGAGUGGUGAGGAGGCAGUGGCCCUCGUGGAAGAUUGGCACCGAGAGGUCCGGGCUGCAGGACAGAGGGAACUGGGCUUGUGUGCAGAAGAGACCAGGUCCUUAAAGGCAAUGCAGGAAUCUCAGCCUUGCCAGCUGCACCCAGCAAAUCACUGGCCUGAAGCCCAGUGCCAGAAGCAGUGGGUGAAGAAUUCAUGCCCUGACCUUCCAAAACAUCUAGACACCAAGAUGGUGCCACAGCCCUUGAAAGAGAGUGCUGUUCUCACUCCCCGAGUCCCUACUCUCCCAAAGAUGGGGAGUGUUGGAGAUUGGGAGGUGACAGCGGAGUCCCAGGAAGCCCUGGGACCUGGCAAACAUGCUGAGAAGGAAUUCUCCAAGGAUCCCCCAGGAGAUGGGUGUGGGAACGGCAUGCCCCUAGGAGUUCCAGUUUCAAAACCAAGUAUCAACUGCCAGCCAGAGCAAGGACCAGAAGUUUGGCAUCCAAACUUUAUAAACUCUGGAAAAAGGAACACUGUAGAUUACAACCUGGGUAAUGAGCAAAUGAGACCAGCUCAGGCAUCGGCCUGGAGAGACUCCAAGGGCUGGGAGGAACAAUGUCAGUGGGACACAGAGGACAUGAAGGUGUCAGGUGUGCACUGGGGCUACGAGGAGACCAAGACUUUUCUAGCAAUUCUGAGUGAGUCUCCUUUCUCUGAAAAGCUCCGGACUUGUCAUCAGAACCGCCAGGUGUACCGGGCCAUUGCAGAGCGGCUGAGGGCCCGGGGCUUCCUGCGGACACUGGAGCAGUGUCGCUACAGGGUCAAAAAUCUCCUACGGAAUUACCGGAAAGCCAAGAGCAGCCACCCACCAGGAACGUGCCCCUUCUAUGAGGAGCUGGAGGCCCUGGUGAGGGCUCGGACGGCCAACAGAGCCACAGAGGGUCCAGGAGAGGCCAUGGCACUCCCCAGGCUGGGGGAUAGCGAUGCAGAGAUGGAUGAGCAGGAGGAAGGGGUCUGGGAGCCUGAAGAAGUAGCAGAAGACUGUAAUGGUGAUGAGCUGGCCACUGACGAGUCCGUCCAGGAGCCCAGGAUUCCAGGGGGGCCAACUCUGUUCCAGAGUCGUAUCGCAGGUGUGCACUGGGGCUAUGAGGAGACCAAGGCCUUCCUGACCAUUCUCAGUGAAUCCCCGUUCUCUGAAAAGCUUCGCACCUGUCACCAGAACAGCCAGGUGUACCGCGCCAUUGCAGAGCGGCUGUGCGCACAGGGCUUCCUGCGGACGCUGGAGCAGUGUCGCUACAGAUUCAAAAACCUCCUUCGAAGCUACCGGAAAGCCAAGAGCAGCCACCCACCAGGGACGUGCCCCUUCUAUGAGGAGCUGGACUCACUGAUGAGGGCACGGACUGCGGUCAGAGCCAUGGGAACCCUCAGGGAGGCAGCAGGUCUUCCAAGGCCUGGGCAGAGCAGUACGGAGGCUGAUGACCAGCAGGCUUGGGAUGAGAUGGCAGAUGAAGAUGCCAUCAAAUCUCCAGCCCCAUGUCCUCAAACCCCAGACACAGGGUUUGAGAUGAGGCAUAAGGGUGAAGACCAGAUUUCAGAGCAGGACAUCUUUGAGGAUUUGCCUGGAGACUUAUCAAAAUGUACUAGAGAGGAUGUUUGCCACCCUUCUGACUGGGGGCAAGACAGUGACGGUGAAGGUGAAGGGCAGUGGGGAAACUGCCCCCAGGAGCAGUGGGAAGAAUGCUCUUCUGAAGAGGACUUAGAAAAACUUAUCGACCAUCAGGGCCUGUACUUGGCAGAGAAACCCUACAAAUGUGAUACAUGUGUGAAAAGCUUCAGUAGGAGCUCCCACUUCAUCGCCCACCAGCGGAUUCACACAGGUGAGAAGCCCUACAAAUGCCUCGAAUGUGGAAAAAGCUUUAGUGACCGCUCCAAUCUUAAUACCCAUCAGAGAAUCCACACUGGAGAGAAGCCCUACAAAUGCCUUGAAUGUGGGAAAAGCUUUAGUGAUCACUCCAAUCUUGUCACCCACCAGAGAAUCCACACAGGGGAAAAACCCUACAAAUGUGGGGAAUGUUGGAAAAGUUUCAACCAGAGCUCAAACUUGCUGAAACAUCAAAGAGUCCACUUGGGAGGCAAUCCUGACCAUUGUAGUGAGCCUGGGGCAAACUUUGGUCCAAGCCCAUCCUUUAGUGCUCACUGGAGGAACUCUACAGAAGAGCCAUCUCUUGAACAACCUCAUAGUGCCAGUAAGAACUUGAAUUCUGGCCCACACAGUACCAACUCAGGGGAAAAGCUUUAUCAGUGUUCUGAAUGUGGAAGGACCUUUUCUAAGAGCUCUGCCCUCAUUAGUCACCAAAGAAUCCAUACGGGAGAGAAACCAUACGAAUGUGCUGAAUGUGGGAAAAGCUUCAGUAAGAGCUCCACACUGGCUAACCACCAACGAACCCACACGGGGGAGAAACCGUACAAGUGUGUGGACUGUGGGAAGUGCUUCAGUGAGCGCUCUAAGCUCAUCACACACCAGAGAGUGCACACAGGAGAGAAGCCCUACAAAUGCCUUGAGUGUGGAAAGUUCUUUCGUGAUCGUUCCAACCUCAUUACUCACCAGCGGAUUCAUACGGGAGAGAAGCCUUAUAAGUGCAGAGAAUGUGGGAAAUGUUUUAACCAGAGCUCUAGUCUUAUUAUUCACCAGAGAAUCCACACUGGGGAGAAACCCUACAAGUGCAUGGAGUGUGGGAGAGACUUCAACAAUAGUUCCCACUUCAGCGCCCACCGGAGAACGCAUGCAGGGGGGAAAGCAGCGUAGGAGACACCCUUCCCCCAGCAAAAGAGAUAAAUGUAUAUUUAAAUCUCCUGAGAUCAUAAGAUGUGUGCUAGAAACUUACCCAAUGUUUAGGCUUGGUAUAUACCCAGGGAAGUUAGCUUGGUAUAAUCCAGAUUAAUUGGAAGUGAAUUACAAAUGCUAAGGAGCCAGAUUUGAAGGCACUUUUCUUUUUUUUUUUUUUUAAUUUAAUUUUUUUUAUUUUUAAUUUAAAUUCAGUUUAGUUAACAUAUACCAUAUUAUUUGCUUCAGGGGUGGAGUUUAGUGAUUCAUCAGUUGUAGAUAACACCUAGUGCUCAUUACAUCACAUGUCCUCCUUAAUGCCCAUCACCCAGUUACCCCAUCCCCCCCCACCCCUCCAGAAACUUUCAAUUUGUUUCCUAUAGUUAAGGGUCCCUCAUAGUUAUGGUUUGAAGGCACUUUUCUUAAAUGUAAUUUGUUUUUCUCCUAUAAAAAUCCCGGUCCUUGGGCUCUCUUUACAUUUGCUGCCAUGUGAGGACUUUAUCUGUUUGAGCCAGACUGAUAACAGGGGGUUUAGGGGUAAAUCAGUGGUCCUGAGCAGUGAUUCCAGACCUCACAGGGCCUUUACACUGUCCAUAGGUACACAUGGUCCGUUGGCACAUAUCAGCAAAUUAUCAUAGAUGGUGGGUUUCAGGUGGGGUGUAUCCAUACUGAAGAAUUUUGAGACUGGUUAGAGAGGGCAUAAUUGGGAAUCAGUGGCCGGAAGCAGACCACCAUGACCUUAGCAAAGAGGAGGAACAUCAGUGAUGUCAUUAUUAAAUAAUUAUUAGGGCAGCCCGGGUGGCUCAGCAGUUUAGCACCGCCUUCAGCCCAGGGCAUGAUCCUGGAGACCCGGGAUCGAGUCCCACGUCGGGCUCCCUGCAUGGAGCCUGCUUCUC